UAUAUUCGCCCUCCCCCGCUCCGCCUCGCCAGUCCUCUCUCGCUGAAGACCGGAAGGAGCGGAGCCGCCGAGCACCACCCCCGUCGCCUCAGCCUCCGCUUCCGAAGGGACUGUACAAUGGCGGACCGGGCCAACCAGCCAUCUGUUGUGCAGAAGUUCGGUGGACAGUUCCACCUUGGCUCCAGCUUCUCUGGAGUCGUCCGUGCCCGCAACAUGUGCCCGUCUGUGUCAGCCUAUGACAGGCGCUUCAGCACAAGCAGCUACAUGACCCAGAGCAUCUACGCUCCAACAAUGUCCUUCAAUGGCAGCAACAUGGUGUCGACCUCUCCCAUCUUUGCCAACUCGCCACCAGAGAAGAAGGGUGUCAAGAACUUUGCCAUCGAUUUCCUCAUGGGAGGAGUGUCUGCUGCAGUUUCCAAGACUGCUGCUGCUCCCAUUGAGCGUGUCAAGCUUCUUAUCCAGAACCAGGAUGAGAUGCUCAAGUCUGGCAGGCUCUCUGAGCCAUACAAGGGUAUUGGUGAGUGCUUUGGCCGCACAAUCAAGGAUGAAGGUUUUGGCUCACUGUGGAGAGGAAACACUGCCAAUGUUAUCCGUUACUUCCCCACCCAGGCCCUGAACUUCGCCUUCAAGGAUUACUUCAAGAGCCUGUUCAACUUCAAGAAGGACAGAGAUGGUUACUGGAAGUGGUUUGCUGGCAACCUUGCUUCUGGUGGUGCUGCUGGUGCUUCCUCGCUGUUCUUCGUGUACUCCCUUGACUAUGCUAGGACAAGGCUGGCCAAUGAUGCCAAGGCCUCCAAGGGAGGAGGUGAGAGGCAAUUCAAUGGCCUUGUUGAUGUCUACCGCAAGACUCUUAAGUCAGAUGGUAUUGCUGGGCUUUACCGUGGAUUCAACAUCUCUUGUGUUGGUAUCAUUGUCUACCGUGGUCUGUACUUUGGUCUGUAUGACUCUCUGAAGCCAGUUCUCCUCACUGGCACUCUCCAGGACAACUUCUUUGCCAGCUUUGCUCUUGGUUGGUUGAUCACCAACGGUGCGGGUCUUGCCUCUUACCCCAUUGACACCGUCCGCAGAAGGAUGAUGAUGACCUCUGGUGAGGCUGUCAAGUACAAGAGCUCGUUCGAUGCUUUCCAGCAGAUCCUGGCGAAGGAGGGUGCCAAGUCUCUCUUCAAGGGUGCUGGUGCCAACAUCCUCCGUGCCAUUGCUGGUGCUGGUGUGCUUUCCGGCUACGACCAGCUCCAGAUCCUCUUCUUCGGCAAGAAGUACGGCUCAGGCGGUGCCUAAAUGGGGAGAAAUGAUGACGAACAAGAGAACUCUGUUCCCAGUCCUGCCCUUUCAGGAUCUGGUGAACUUUAUCUUUUUAACGUUGAAAGGCAAUAAUUUCUGUAGAGGGUGGAUUUUCCCAACAUUCGUUUUUGGUGGAGGCAUCGAACUCCAAUGGUUGUCGUAGGUUGCGGCAGCAGUCCCAGACAAUUACUAUCUUAGGGUUGAGUUUGAGUUCGAGUAUGUGCCCUGAACCAUAUCGGGCAAUUUUCCUUCCAUACAUUGUCCUCGGAUCAAAUGAGUUAAGUCAAGUUUAAGCUGGUGGUGUUCACUCA